AUGGGUACCUCCGAGCCAUACCCCGUGUCCAUAUCGGAUCUACACUUUCCCUCUACAGAACAACAGACCAUCUCGCAGACUCUCUCCUCGCUGCGCCGGUCAGCCCUCUCCAUCACCAACCGCCUCCGUUCCGUGCAGUCCGAUGCCAGUUUCGUGCAGGAGGUUGCAGACCAGUACGAUCUGCCGCUGGUCGCCAAUGAGCGCUGCGGGAGUUGGUAUAUCCCUCCCAAUGCCAAGGCUGGAAGCGCAUACUUCAAGAGCACAGACGGCCAUACCGGACAGUGGGACUUUAGCUUUCGUAGGCUGAAUUUGCAAGUUUUCCCUGUUGCAAGGGAGCAUGGGGGAUGCAUUAUUGUGGAUUCUACCCGUCGCGGGAAAUUGAUGCCUGAUGCCCUCUCAAAGACCGUUCCAAUAUGGUGCGCUGUUAUCAAUCGGGCCCUGUUCCCCUCCGAAACGGACUAUCACGCCGUGAAGUUUCCGCCGGAGUAUCUGCCGGCUUCCGAGGAGUCGCAGAUUGAAAACAGGAUUGAUGGUUUUGUCCAGUCUCUCAAGGACCUCAAGCUCGACCUAGACAAUCUCCGCCAACAACUAACCAAACCCAUCCGCGUGGCAUGGGCCAACCGAUCCUAUUUUUACCCCACCGACCUAUCCAAAGACCCCAAAUACAACCUCAUAGUCCUAUGCUCUGCCUCCAAGCGCGUGCACGGCGCCGAAAUGUCCGAGGGCGGCUACAUCCAAGGCGCGGGGGAUGACAGCGAAGGCUGGGCUCACGGACUCACCCCGCCCGUUUUCUGGGCCAACCAGUCCGUGCUCUUCUCCACGCACGAGGAAAAUUUGCCGUCCGUCAUACAGGACCUCGUGGAUGAACAUCGACGACAGGAUACAGGUCAUCAGGCGAUCUUGGUCGCGCCCACUAAGAAUCUGUAUAUUAGCCAGACGGAUCCAAGCGUGAAUGAGAGUGGGCGCUAUGACUUGGUGAUUGAUUGUAACGGUAGCCCUGAAGCGGAGGCGGUGCAGGGAAGUCCGAGAAGGCUGAAUCUGGGGUGCGGGCAUUCGAAGUUGGGGAGUCGGGAUCUGAGAAAGCAGUUGGAUAAGGUUAAGGAGUUUGUGGAGACGCAGAUGGCUAAGGAUCCGAGUAGGUCGCUGCUAGUGACUUGUGAGACUGGGAAGGAUUUGUCCCCGGCAGCUUUGCUUGCGGUUCUGUGUUUGUUCUACAACGAUGAUGGGGAGUUUAUCACAUCCCCAGCAAACCGUGUGAUAGAAAAGCAAUUCAUUCGCCAGCGUCUUGCCUGGAUUGUAUCGUCGAAACACGAUGUCAACCCUUCCCGGUCCACGCUUCAAUCAGUCAACGCUUUCUUAAUGUCGUGA